AUGUUUAGUCAAUGGCAACGAGUUCAAGAAUACUUUUUCGAGAUUGAUGUCUUUCAUCUCACUCAAUUUCGAUAUCUCGCUUUCUACUACUCGCCUGCGGCCUCAUUGAUAGCAUCUAAGCAACCCUUUGCGUACGGUCUUUGCUAUCGCUUCAGCUCUUCACAGUUACUCUUCAAGCAGGACCGUGACCAUGCAAACGCCUACAGCGCUCCUGAUAGGUGA